AUGCGCAGCUCGACAACAACGUCCGUUUACUACGCACCAUCUCGCACCUCACCUUUCAUUCAACCAUGCCUAUCCUCUCCUCGUCUCGCCCUCUUCCCCGUUGCAGCGCCAUUCCACUUCGCCCCGCUCCCAGCCCCAGCCAGCGCGGAUCAGAUUGCGGGCGGUGGUGGCGGGGGGUCGGGGGAAGGCGGGGCGGAGGCAGGAGGUGGAGGGGAGGGGCGGAAGGAGGAGGUCGGGGAGUGGCGGUGCAUGUGCUUCCGGCAAGAUCAGACCCAGGAACAAGUCAGGGCGCCGCCGUUUAGGUUCGGCAAGGACCCGAACCUGGAGUCGGGGGAGCCGGACGAGGAGGAGCUUGACAUGGCAGCUGCUGUUGUGGGGGACGAUGAGCUCUAA